AUGUCUUCAAUGUGUUCUGAAUAUACAAUUGGUGGUGUGAAGAUUAAUUUUCCUUAUAAAGCUUACCCAUCACAGCUUGCUAUGAUGAAUUCUCCCCCUCCUGGCCACUGUUCUAGGUGCUGUUCUACUAAACAAGGAAACAGUCAAGAGUCUUCAAAUACCGUUAAGAAGGAUCAUGGGGGGAAAUCCAAGAUACCUAAAAUAUAUUUUGGGACACGCACACACAAGCAGAUUGCUCAGAUUACUAGAGAGCUCCGGAGGACAGCGUACUCAGGGGUCCCAAUGACUAUUCUUUCCAGCAGGGAUCAUACUUGUGUCCAUCCCGAAGUCAUCGGUAACUUCAACAGAAAUGAAAAGUGCAUGGAAUUGCUAGAUGGAAAAAAUGGAAAAUCCUGCUAUUUUUAUCAUGGUGUUCAUAAAAUUAGUGAUCAGCACACAUUACAGACUUUCCAAGGGAUGUGCAAAGCCUGGGAUAUAGAGGAACUUGUCAGCCUGGGGAAGAAACUAAAGGCCUGUCCAUAUUAUACAGCUCGAGAACUAAUAGAAGAUGCUGACAUAAUAUUUUGUCCCUACAACUAUCUUCUAGAUGCACAAAUAAGGGAAAGUGUGAGUAUAUAUUUAAUUAGCAUUUUCUUCACAUCUAGAUUUGCAGAUGAUUAUAAAAUUGCUAUUCAGCAGACUUAUUCCUGGAUUACUCAGACUGAUAUUUCAGAUAAAAAUGGGUUCUUUGCUCUACCAAAAAAUAAGAAACGUUCACGACAGAAAACUGCAGUUCAUGUGCUAAACUUUUGGUGCUUAAAUCCAGCUGUGGCCUUUUCAGAUAUUAAUGGCAAAGUUCGGACUAUUGUUUUGACAUCUGGUACAUUAUCACCAAUGAAAUCCUUUUCUUCAGAACUCGGUGUUACAUUUACUAUCCAACUGGAGGCUAAUCAUGUCAUUAAAAACUCACAGGACACACAAAAAAUUGACUUUUUUCUUUCCUCAUUUUAGUUAUUAGAAAAAUUAAAAGAACGUUGGCUCUCCACUGGUUUAUGGCAUAAUCUGGAGUUGGUGAAGACAGUCAUUGUAGAACCACAGGGAGGAGAAAAAACUGAUUUUGAUGAAUUACUGCAGGUAUACUAUGAUGCGAUCCAGCAUAAAGGAGAGAAAGAUGGAGCCCUCCUGGUAGCAGUUUGUCGUGGUAAAGUGAGUGAGGGUCUGGAUUUCUCAGAUGACAAUGCCCGUGCUGUCAUAACAAUAGGAAUUCCUUUUCCAAAUGUGAAAGAUCUACAGGUUGAACUAAAGCGACAAUACAAUGACCACCAUUCAAAAUUGAGAGGUCUUUUACCUGGCCGUCAGUGGUAUGAAAUUCAAGCAUACAGGGCCUUAAACCAGGCCCUAGGUAGGUGUAUUCGACACAGAAAUGAUUGGGGAGCUCUUAUUCUGGUGGAUGAUCGCUUCAGGAAUAACCCAAGUCGCUAUAUAUCUGGACUUUCUAAAUGGGUACGACAGCAGAUUCAGCACCAUUCAACCUUUGAAAGUGCACUGGAGUCCUUGGCUGAAUUUUCCAAAAAGCACCAAAAGGUCACUGAUGUAUCCAAAAAGGACAGAAAGUGUAUGCUGAAUGAUGAGUCUACACCUGAAGUGCCCUGUUUGAAGAACAAUACUGUGAAUUAUUUAUUGGAAACAGCAAGUCAUCUAUCACCAGAAAAUACUAAGGAAGACAAAGCAAAAAUGUCUGUCCAGGAACCACAGUGUCCUAAAAUGAUUACUAAACCUUCAUCUCUACCAAGUGGCAUCAUCUCCAGAAAGGAGAAAAAUGAUCCAGCGUUCUUAGAAGAGUCUGUCCAAGCAAUGAAAACAGAAGAAAUUGUGAUUUCCAGAUCCACAAGCCCAACUUUCAACAAACAGACAGACAGAGUCAGCUGGUCUAGCUUUAAUUCUUUGGGACAGUAUUUUACCGGUAAAAUACUGACCGCAACACCUGAGCUCAGGUUAUCAGAGAAUUGUGCCUCUAGUCCUUCCAAUUUCAAAACAGAAAAAAUGAAAAGUAAAACUGUUUUGCCACUCACUGAUAAAUGUGAAUCCUCAAAUCUGACGGUAAACACAUCAUUUGAGUCAUGCUCUCAAUCAGAAGCCAUUAUUUCAUCAAUAAAGAUUGAUGCUACUCUUGGAAAAAAAAAUCAUUCCAAACAUGCACUCUGCUAUGAAGAAACCCUGGAUCCGGAUAUUGAAUUGUCUCUAGAAGGUGAAGAAGCUAAAUGUUCCACUCCAAAUAGAGCUUUUGAAACAGAAGAAGAUGAAUCUAUCUAUUUUACACCUGAACUUUAUGAUCCAGUAGAUACAGAUGAAGAAAGAAAUGACCUAGUUGAAACUCAUAAAAGCAAUAAAUUGGCUAAUAAUUCAAAUUGCAUUUUAGCUGAAAACGUUUCUGAAACUAGAACUAUGAAAGAAGUGGAUUCAGUCAGUGAAAUGAAAGCUGAGACGACGUGCACAGAUACAAAGUUCAAUGGAAUCAUGCCUAUUGAAGAAAAUAAAAUUAGUAACAUUGAUGGUAAUGUAAAAACAACUUGGAUAAAUUAAUUGGAACUGAGAAAAACUCAUGACAUGGAAAUAAAGAACUUUAAAUAGUCUCCUUCCAAAAAUAAAGGUGUGUUCCCUAGUGUUCGGUAA